CUCUCUCUCUCUCUCUACCUCUAUAUAUAUUAACUCCGUAGUCGAUACACAUAAAAUCAAAUAAUUAACCCAUAAAUUAAUCACAGUCAAAAACCUUGAGAAAUGGCCACCAACACCAUAAAAACUAAGACACUUUCCGGCGUCGGAAACCUCAUAAAGCUCCUACCAACCGGCACCGUUUUCACCUUCCAAUUCCUCAACCCUGUCCUAACCAACGGUGGCCACUGCACCACCGUCAACAAGUACCUCUCCUCCACCCUCAUCGCCCUCUGCGGUCUCUCCUGCAUAUUCUCUUCCUUCACCGACAGCUACGAAGAUGAUGACGGAACCAUCCACUACGGAGUCGCUACCGCUAAGGGCUUCUGGCCGACUCCGUCCUCAUCCUCAGGCGUUGAUGUUUCGAAGUACAAGCUUCGAAUCGGAGACUUUGUGCAUGCACUUUUCACGGUGGUUGUUUUUGCGGUGGUGGCGUUGUUGGAUGACAACACGGUGGAGUGUUUGUACCCUGCGUUUGAGACGAACGAGAGAAUGUUGAUGAUGGUGGUGCCGCCGGUAAUCGGAGCUGUUUCAGGGACGUUGUUCAUGGUGUUUCCUAAUACACGUCAUGGGAUAGGGUACCCAUCUGCAAGACAAUCGAACAAGUGACAAAUGCGUAACAAAUUAAGAAAUUAAAACUGAAGGAAAAAAAGGUGAUGACGUAAGCUCUAGUUUUCUUCUUGAAAUUCAUGCUCAAAGAAAUAUGCAUGUUGUUGUUUUAUAAUAUGUUUAUCCUGUUUUGAUUUUAAGCUUAAUAUUAAUCAUUUUUAAUUGCAAA